GCUCAGUAUGAUUCUCAAUGAAACAUUGCGACUAUACCCACCAAUCGUGGCGACAAUCAGACGGACAAAAGUUGAUGUGAAGCUCGGAGGAUGCAUGAUCCCCCGUGGAACCGAGCUCUUGAUACCAAUCUUGGCCGUUCAUCACGAUCAAGCCAUAUGGGGCAAUGAUGUUAAUGAAUUCAACCCCUCUCGUUUCUCUGAUGGCGUAGCCCGUGCAGCGAAGCAUCCUGUGGCGUUCAUUCCAUUUGGCCUUGGGGUCCGCACUUGCAUCGGUCAAAAUCUGGCGAUCCUACAGGCAAAGCUUACACUCGCGAUCACACUGCAACGCUUCUCCUUUAGCUUGGCCCCACAUUAUCAACAUGCACCAACGGUCCUGAUGCUUCUCUACCCACAAUAUGGUGCACCAAUCAUCUUUCGACGUUUGGUUGAUCGAGAAGUUGUUCAAGACCAAAGAUCUUAAAUUUUUAAAACAUCCCAAGAUGUACCUAUCAUUUGUGUGAGAGCAUAUAGUUUUUUACAUUGGAGUGACCAAGGUUUCAUUGUUUCAUUUAUUAUCUUUUAGGAACUAGGAUAUAUUAUUAUAUAUAUAUUUUUUAUUACUUCCCACUACAUGUUCCAUCUGAGCUAUAUAUACUAACCCCCAAGUGGCCAUGCUCUAGUUUUUUCCCAAAUUGUCUGGAUUAUUGGCACUAGCUUUAGGAUUUUAGUUAGUGGCUAAUUGUUUUGUCUUCAUUUAUAUGUGCACAAUUAGCUAACCCAGUUUUGUAAUAUCAUACAUUGAAGAAUGUCAAAUGGUUGGUUUUCAUUAGUAAGUUUGCAAAGCUUCUAAGUACUAUUUAAGGUUAGUUCUAAUUACAUCAUAAGUUUGGUUGGUGGCUCACCAACUUUGAGGUGCUAGUAAAUGAUAG